AUGGCGGAAAACGUUCGAGUUAUAUGUCGUAUUAGGCCUCUCAAUUUGGAAGAGAUAACAGAGAAGAAGGGUAUAUGCCUCACAUGCCUAUCUCCCACCUCCGUCAGAAUUGGAACAAGGGUCUAUACAUAUGACGCCGUCCUUGAUCGUGUCACUCAAGAGGAGGCCUAUGAAGCUAUCGGCAAACCCCUACUUGACUACGUAAUCGGCGGAUACAAUGGAACGAUCUUUGUAUAUGGUCAAACCUCCAGUGGCAAAACAUACACAAUGGAGGGGGAAUUACAGUCAAUAGAGCUAUUCGGAGUGAUUCCUCGGAUCCUGGGUGACAUCUUUAAUCGAAUCCAGACGCUGGGCUCCAAUGUGGAGAUCCAAUUGAAGGUCUCCUACUUGGAACUGUAUAUGGAGAAGGUGAAAGAUUUACUUAACCGUAUGAAUCGUCGAAGUUCACGCAGUCAUUGCAUCUUCUCCGUAAUCAUCGAGCAGAAGUGUUCUUCACUUAAUGAAACCCUGAUAAGUCGGCUAAGUCUGGUCGACUUAGCGGGCAGUGAAAAGGUUUCCAAAACGCGAGCCAUGGGUAACACUCUGAACGAGGCUAAGGAUAUCAAUCGAUCGCUGUCAACCUUGGCAAAUGUCAUCAAUGCUCUCGUGGAUGGAAGUCGCCACAUACCCUACAGGAAUUCAAAAUUAACCCGAAUUUUGCAACAAUCUCUGGGUGGAAACGCGAAAACAACUGUUGUCAUUUGUGUCUCGCCGACAGAAGCCAACGAAUCGGAGACCAAGUCAACCCUACACUUUGGAAUGCGAGCAAAGGGUUUGAAGAAUGAGAUAAAACGUAGUUUCGCAACCAGAGGCAAUCAAUGGAAAAGGUUGUACGAGAAGGAACGUGAAUCUGUCAUGCUCCUGAAAAGCGUUGCCGAUCGCCUUGAGAACGAAGUUAAACGUUGGCGAAGGGGUGAAAGAGUGCCUACUUGUGAUUGGUUUAAGGCAGAAAAGUACAUCUCCCCAAUCAACUUUGGUACCAACUCAUCUGCACCGAAUUCAUGCGAACGUGUACAGAAGGAGAUGUGUCGGGAGUUGAAAGAAAAAGAAACUUUAAUUUUGCGCCUCCGACAGGAAAACAACCACCUACGAUCAAUGGUAGCUGACCUGCGACUAUGUGAAGUCAAAACAUCAGAUUCAGAAUUGCAAGGGGACUGUGGGUUCCUGAAGAAUGAGUUAGACCUGAAGCAGAGACAACUUCGAGACCUAUCCGAAGUUAUGGAGGACUUUGCCUUGAGGUUGGAAACAAAGUCGAAGCAAAUGGAGGAGUUGAUGGAUGAGGUCAACGGACUUAGAACUACCCUAAAAGAAUUUCAAGAUCGAGACCAUCUUAAAGUGGUGGAGUUGAAAAAGGACAUUGCCAAAGAACUGCAUGAGAUUGCUUCCAAACUCUAUCAUGUGGGCAAAGUCUGGAUGCCUUCUUUACCCGUAAGUUUUCACUGUUUUUCCUUUGCCUACCAAAGGAUAAUGAGCUGGCGCAUUUGGUUGCUUACACGUAUGAUGGGGCUAAGGCACCGUUUCAUUGCUAAAGGGGCUUCUCGCCUCAUCACACACCUACGACUGAAUACACUGGAUACACUCCAAGCUCAUGAGAAUUGUCGAAACCCCUUCUUAGUUUACUAUUUGUUUUGUCGAACGUUUGAGGAACGAGCGAUAAGUGGUGCUAGAGUGAUCACUAAUGACAGGUUGGUGUGGCAAGAAGUUGCCGGCCCCGUUUGA